AUUCAUACGAAUUCAUACUUUGUAAGAAAACCAAAUAAUGAAAUCCAGUUUUUGAGAAUAAAGAUAAACAAGGAAGAUAUCUGCAAUUAUAAUUUUAUAUCGAAUUUCUUGCGUACUGAAUGACAUCAUAGUCAACGCCUCGCUUUCGUAAUACGGUCAUCCAACCAAAAAGCCGAUGCAAUACCACGUGAUGAAAAUAAUAGCAGGGUAGCAAUUAGAGGUUACACGUACAGGAUCUUAGCUACGGAAUUUUGGCGAAGUUCUCCCUAUAUUCAGUAUAAUUCGCGAUUAUACUCUAAAGAUAUUCUCCACUACAACUUGCAGAUAAAGGAAAGGACAAAGUCAAAAGGAGAAAACUGAAAGUGAUAAAUCAAAUCUAAUAUUUAAAUAUUGAGGAGUGUUUAAAAACAAAAAAUUGCCAAAUGGAGCAAAACAACCCUAAUCUUCCACCUACAACUUUCUGCCGUUCAGGGUGCGGAUUUUAUGGAAAUGAUUCUUUUGAGGGCCUUUGCUCGAAAUGCUACAAGGAUCAGUUAAAACGCAAACAGCAGAGCUCGUCACCUGUGAGCCCAGCCGGCCGAUCGAGUCCCGCCACUUCACUGAGCCCCGCCUCUUCAUUGAGCCCAGCAGGUGAGGAUGCCGCAGUGACUACUGUCAGCCUUAGCCUCAGUAAAACUAACCUAGGGAACACGGUGCCUGUCAAUGAUGCCGGCUCUAAUACAUCAAUUAGCCGAGGAAGCACGACCCCCAGUGUGGAGACUGGUUCACCUACCAUACCCGUCACCAGCGCAGCUGACAAAGACAAAGUGGAAGGAGCCUCUGGUGGGACAGAGGGCAGUGACAACGGAGCAGACACCAGCAAAGAUAAAAAGAAGCGCAGCAGAUGCCAUACUUGCAAGAAAAAGGUUGGCCUCACUGGAUUUGAGUGCCGGUGCGGUGGACUAUUCUGCAGUUUACAUCGCUAUUCAGAUAAGCAUGACUGUACCUUCAACUACCGCGAGAUGGCGCAAGAGCAGAUUAGAAAAAAUAACCCUGUGAUUGUUGGCGAGAAAAUUCAGAAAAUAUAGGAAAAGACUUAGUGAAAUUCAAAAUUAGUUUGCCCACACCCCUUUUUGCAAAUUUUUUUUUUGGGUAGACAGAAUAUAUAUAUCAUAUAAAGCUUUCUUUUUUUGGUUUUUGUUUCAAUAAUUGUGAAUUUGUGAAAAAGAAUGAAAAGUUAAUACAACCUAUACAUGCUUAAAGGUUUGGUUUUGAGCUAAUUGUGUGAGUGAAAAAAAUUUUGUCAAAGAAAACAUGUUUAAAUCAAGAAGAUGAAUGAAACACGAGUAUUGUUUGUUUUUAUCUAGUUCAUGUUAUGUUACAGUAAUUGGCAAGAUUUUGUACUGCUUUACAUAAUUAAGUUCUUUUUAACAGUAAAUAAUGUUAACAUGAUUUGGUACUAUUAAGCUUUAUGAUAGUUAACUUUAACAUUGUACAAAGUUAACAUUAACCAGUAUCAGCUUUAUGAUUAAAUUAACAUUAACAUUGUUAAAAGUUAAGAUGGCUGGUUUUGGCUUACAUGAUAUCUUUUAAGUUAAUGAUAACAUUUAACAUGACUUCUAAUGCUUACAUGAUUAAGUUGAGGUUAUCAUUGUACAAAGUUAAUAUUAUUCCAGAUUGGCUUUAUGAUAAGUUAAUGUUCAUAUUAUAAAAAGUUAACACGGCUGGUAUUUGCUUACAUGAUAAAGUUAAGUGUAACAUACUUGAGUAGCGUAGUGAACAUGUUAGAGGUUAAUAUGAUUGAGUAACUGGGUUAACCUCAUUAAUGUUAAUAUUGUUAAAUUAUUGUUAACAUUGUUAAAUAAAUGUUAACAUGAUUCAUUUAAGGUCAUGAUUAACCUGCAUGCAUACAUGUUCACAAAAGCCAGGCCUGUUCAGUUGACUACAAUACCUACAGUGAAUGCAUACAUUUCAUAAGUGUGCAAAUAUGAGUGGAUUAACCAUUGUACGUCUUAGGGCAAGACGGGCUUAACUUCUAGUGUUAUAUAUGGAGUUAUGACUGUCUUGCACCAAGUCCAUGAUUAUUACUUAAGAGUGUGGUGGUGUAAUGCAGUGCACAAUUUUGCUAAUAGGAACACAUGUAAAUACAUUUAUUGUAAAGAUGUUGCAAAUCAUCAAAAACACAAUGAUAAUGUGUUUAAAAUUUCUCAUAUGAUUUUGCCAUUUCAUAGAAGUAUGUCAUUUCACGAUGUUUCAGUGUGUAUUUGCUUUGUAUGGAUAUUGUGUACAUGUUUGUGAAGAGAUCAGGACGUUAAGAGAAAUUUAUGAAUGCAGACUUUGUUAACUCUUCAUGUUUAACCGAUCACAACAUUUUCACAUAUGUUAAACAUAAACAUUACAGAAUUCUUGGUCAUCAUUUUUAGCAUCUUCUUUACAAGUACUUUAAUAGCCUGAAACAUCAGCACUAAGCACCUGUGAGCAGCUUACAAUGGAGUGUCUAUGGACUUUCACUUUGCUUCUAAGCCCAUGUUUACGAACAAUUCUCAAGUUCAGACUAGUGCAUUUACAUAUGAAAAAUUAAGCUUGACUGAAACAAACAAACUUGAGUCCUCUAAAACAAGACAAAUAUUUUCUCUGUGAUAAAUGGAAAUCCAGCUUUGUCUCUGCUGUACCCGGCAUUGCGAAGUUUUUACAACAGCAUACAUGUAUGGCUGAAAAAUAAUAUUUCAGUUUACACAACAUGGUAAAACUUGUGGUUGUUAAAAGAUUUUAUUUCACAGCAGGUAAUGCCUGAAAAAAUAUUAUUUCAGUUUACAGAGCCUGUUAUGGUGAAAUAACACUAUUUCAGUUAAGACAUCAUGAUAUGGCUGAAACAACAUUAUUUCAGUAAGCACAUCAUGAAUUGGCUGAAACAACAUUAUUUCAGUAAGCACAUCAUGAAUUGGCUGAAACAACAUUAUUUCAAUUAACACUCCAUGAAUUGGCUGAAACAACAUUAUUUCAGUAAACACACCAUGAAUUGGCUGAAACAACAUUAUUUCAGUAAGCACAUCAUGAAUUGGCUGAAACAACAUUAUUUCAGUUAACACACCAUGAAUUGGCUUAAACAACAUUAGUUCAGUUAACACUCCAUGAAUUGGCUGAAACAACAUUAUUUCAGUAAACACACCAUGAAUUGGCUGAAACUACAUUAUUUCAGUAAACACAUCAUGAAUUGGCUGAAACAACAUUAUUUCAGUAAGCACAUCAUGAAUUGGCUGAAACAACAUUAUUUCAGUUAACACACCAUGAAUUGGCUUAAACAACAUUAGUUCAGUAAACACACCAUGAAUUGGCUUAAAUAACAUUAGUUCAGUAAACACAUCAUGAAACGGCUUAAAUAACAUUAUUUGAAUGUUUUGACAGUUUUACCUUCACCAAUGUAGGUAUGAUUUGACUGGGGUAUGGUGUGACUUGGGUAUGAUGUGACUGGGGUAUGAUGUGACUUGGUCACCAUUAACUCAGGGCUUAAUGAAGGGGUUUUAUCAAGUAUGCAAAACCUUCCAAUAUAAAUCAGUUGUUAUAAUGUGUUAAAAACUUUAUAACAAUAACUUUGCUUAGGCUUUGACAUUACUUAUGACUGGCAUUAACGUUACACAAUAGGAAUAUUGGAGGUUUUUAUGCUUUAAAAGGUUAUAUUGUUAUAUUGUAUGAAGAAACAGGCAUUUUGUGUAAAUGUGUUCAUUUAAGUAUCUGAGCGGUAAUAUUAGGAAAUGAAAGUGAAAGAUUAAAUACAUAUUUGACAAGUAGUCUUUUUUUUUUCUUAUUUGUGUAUAUAAGGUACAGUACGUAGUAUUUUUUCACGCCCAGGUUCUAGAUGUAACCAUAUUCUGUGGAGAAAAAAGACUGUCUACAGUAUAGUUUGGAAAUUAAGUAUUACUUUCUUUUUGUGUGGUGUUAUUGGUUGAUUCCAGAAUUAAAAAAGCUGUUUGAGGUUAAUUGAGUUUUAAAGUAUAUUAUUUCUCUGUUUGUUUGUUUGUAUUUGCAGUUUUUAUUGAUAUAGAUUAUCAUGUUUGGAAAUAUUAACUAAUCGUGUUGUUACCGCUUUAUGCAUAAAUAACGCUUUCUAUGUGUCCUUUAAUAUGGAGCAUACAUAGCAUAAGACUUUUCCUGAGCUUCUUGCAAAUUUUGAAAUAUUAUGUAAAUCGGACACAGAAAACACAUCUUCAUGUAUACUGUGGUACAGUUUUGCACCCUGUUUCUAUAAUGUUCUGAAACUUGGGCAGUAUUCUUAAAACUUCUGAUGUCAUUUCCUCACAUAAGUCACUUUCCUGAUUUUAGUCAAAGGAAAUAAAAAAAUAAAGAAUUUCUAAACUACAUUAUUUUGAUGAAGAAAACCUACAUAAAUGUUAAAAACACUUAUACAUUUCUUUUUAUUUGAUUAUGAAAAUGUUUAGAAAUCAUUAGGAAAUGAAUUAAGAUGCUUUAUGAAUAUGGCUACGGAACUAUUACACAUCACGGCUUUACCAAUCAAAAACUUGCAUGAAGGAUCUUACAUUGGUUGCCAUUUGAUACAAACAAACUAUCAGGAAUCUGGUUUAGUAAAGUUUCUAUAGUGAUCCUUAGGCAAGCUUAAUUUCUCCUGUUACAAGUGUCCUAAGAUUUUGUAUUUAAUGGCAAGGAAUCUAAGAUUGUUUUAUAACAGGGCACAUUUGUCACCAAAAAUGACGAUUUUAUUCAUUUUACAGUGAAACGUUUGGCGCUUAAAUUGUGGAACAAAAUGAAGUCAAUGUCGAGUUAUAUACACUAGUAUGAUAUAAGAAAGAACAAGUUAUAUGUCAGUUAUAGCAAAACAUAUUUAGGCAUAGCCCUGAUAUUUUAACAUUAUUUAUGGAGUGGAUAAAGCAGUUAUUUAUACCACUUAUUUAAAACUAAAAAACAAUAGUGUUAUAAAUAAUUGCUAACAAGAAUACAUUAUUCAUUGUGAUGGUCUUUUCCAUUUUCACUGUAAGUAAACAGUUAAGCGCAUCAAGGUCUUAAUUCAUUAGAUACUGGUAGGAACUUGGAUCAAUCUAUUCAUAAGAAUUUAAACCCUUGUUUAAUAAAAUUCUUCAAUAAGAGCUGUCAAUUUUGUAUAUCCACCCUUAAAAUGAAGUCAAUUAUUCCAACACAUUCCCGUAAUUUAACAACUGAUUUUGUUGAAACUAGUGUAAAAUAACACAAAGAUUUCUUGUAUAUUGAGCCAGUUGUUUUGCCGUUAUCGAAAUAUUUUAUAUAUAUUUUGAAAUGUUUGUUUGAGAAAGUCCAUUUAAAAUAUACAAGUUCUUUAGUAACUAGUAUUUGAAUUAAAAAAAUAAUUUCUGUGCAAUAAUGAACAGUAUAAAAAGCUUUUGUAUACAAGUUUUAAAUGGAUUUUUCAAUAGUAGUUCAACCCGUCAAAUCUUUGUAAAUAAAGUGUUAUUAGUUUCAAUUAUACCAGUUUUAAUCCAACCUUUCUCUUUAAAUAAAUCUUUUUUCUCUGUUAUUAUGUAUGAUUUUUCUGUGUACAUUUGUAUGCUAUACCAGAAACAGUAGACUUGAUUUAUUUAUAUUAUUCAUUUGUUAUAUGAUUAAAAUUUACAUGUA